AUGGAACCUGUUGAUCAAAUCAACUCAGCUGCAUAUUUCGACAGUUAUGAGGAUCUUAAGGUGCACGAAAUCAUGCUUACCGACAAACCGAGACAGGAUGCUUACCAAAGGGCGAUUUUCGAAAAUCGUUCCUUGUUUGCGGGUAAAAUCGUUCUCGAUGUAGGAGCCGGUACAGGCAUUUUAUCUAUAUUCUGUGCACAGGCCGGUGCGAGCAAGGUUUACGCGGUUGAAGCAUCCAACCUGGCCCGGCUAGCUCGGGCUGUUGUGGAAGAGAACAAAUUUCAAGAUGUGAUAGAAGUGAGCGAAUGCAAGAUAGAAGAUUUCCAGCUUCCCGAUGGUGAACGUGUCGAUAUCAUCGUAUCCGAGUGGAUGGGUUUUUUUCUUUUGCACGAAGGUAUGCUUGAUUCGGUGGUGCACGCACGAGACGAGUUCCUCAAACCAAACGGUCUUAUGUUUCCUGAUACGGCAACUCUUUUCGUUGCACCCUGCAGUGUUCCGUCGCGUUUCGAUCGAUGGGAAAAUCUGUCCGGUGUCAGCAUGCGUUGUUUUGGGCGUGCACUGCGUGAGCAAAAUUCAGGCAAUCCGGAAGUGCUAUCCGUUGCACAAGACGACUUACUUCACGAGGGACACAUUAUGGCAUGGUUCGAUCUGAUGGAAGUGACGCCCGAUGAGCUAAAUAGCAUCGAGGUGAAGGAUGUGCUUGUGGCUCAACGUUCCGGAAAACUGCAGGGAUUUUGUAUCUGGUUUGAUUGUACCUUUCCGGGAGAUGAAAUGGAACAGCGGCAGCUUUCCACAAAUCCUUCUGCACCUGCAACACACUGGAAGCAGGUUGUUAUACCUCUUCCGGAAGAUUCGUGUGAAGAAUUGGAAGAGCGUGAUCCGGUAGCUUUCAGUCUAUCGAUGGAACGGAACAAGGAAACAAAUCGAAGGUAUGACCUGCAGCUCACGUUGCUGGAUCCGGAGAAAGAAGAACACCAUCUGCCAUGUGAAUGUCAUAUGACAAAGUGUAUUUUAAUGAAGACCCAUUUGGAGAAGAUGCAAGUGGAUUAA